CCUCAUUUCCCUCCCUUUUCUUCUUAGGCGGAGGUGUGCUUGGUUUGAGGCUUGUCUACCUACGUUGUAUCUGGAAGCCUGUGGUUUUAUUUCACUCAGCUGCUUCCAGCGCAGUGCUAGAGUUUUCUGCGGCUUAGCAGAACGAGUAGAGACGAGUCUGAGAAUUUUCCAGGUCUGGGACUCUCCUACAAUUUUCUGCGAUGGCGGCUGUAAUGUCUUCAGCCACGUCGUCGUCUGCUUGCUCACUUGCUCGUGCAGCAGCGUCUAACUCCGAAUCCCCAUUUCUUAAACAUUCCGCUGCUCUACUGCCGUUCAAUGGCUUGAAAAAGACCUCCCUGGUGCUUUCUAAGAAGGCUUCAGCUGGUCAAUCGAAGCACCGACCAGUGGUGUCCACCGGCGUGCGAGUCGUCGCCGAAGCUGCAGAUUCGACUGUUGUGACGCCGAAGAAAGAAGGGGAUUUCCGGCACGAGGCACCUCGACAGGAGCUUGAAAGCCCUCAGAAUGUUUUCUCGGCCAAGUACGUUCCGUUCUCGCCGAAUCAGGCGCAGACGGAGGAGUACUCGCUGGACGAGGUCAUCUACACCAGCAAGGACGGCCUGCUGCUGGACGUGCAGCACGACUACGAGGCCCUCAAGCGCUACGACGCCGCUUACUGGAAGAAGCUAUUCGACUCGCGGGUCGGCAAGCACACGUGGCCCUACGGAUCAGGAGUGUGGAGCAAGAAGGAAUGGGUUCUCCCGGGAAUCGACAACGACGACAUUGUGAGCAUGUUCGAGGGCAACUCCAACCUCUUCUGGGCCGAGCGCUACGGCAAGGAGCUCGGCAUGACCGACCUCUGGGUCAAGCAGUGCGGCAACAGCCACACAGGCUCCUUCAAGGAUCUCGGCAUGACGGUGCUCGUGAGUCAGGUGAACCGGCUUCGGAAGAUGAACAAGCCCCUGGCAGCCGUCGGAUGCGCCUCCACCGGCGAUACCUCCGCCGCUCUCUCCGCCUACUGCGCUGCCGCUGGCAUCCCCGCUAUUGUCUUCCUCCCCGCCAACAAGAUCUCUCUCGCUCAGCUCGUGCAGCCCAUCGCGAACGGCGCGCUCGUCUUGUCGAUCGACACGGACUUCGACGGGUGCAUGCGGCUGAUCCGCGACGUGACGGCGCAGCUGCCCAUCUACCUUGCCAACUCGCUCAACUCGCUGCGCCUCGAGGGGCAGAAGACGGCCGCCAUCGAGAUCUGCCAGCAGUUCGAGUGGGAGGUGCCCGACUGGGUCAUCGUGCCCGGAGGUAAUCUGGGGAACAUCUACGCGUUCUACAAGGGAUUCUACAUGUGCAAGGAGAUGGGUCUCGUGGACCGCAUUCCCCGUCUGGUCUGCGCCCAGGCAGCCAACGCCAACCCGCUCUACCUGUCGUACCAGAAGGGCUUUGAGCAGUUUGAGCCUGUGAGGGCAACGCAGACCUUCGCCUCGGCCAUCCAGAUUGGCGACCCCGUCUCCAUUGACCGAGCUAUCUUUGCGCUCAAGGCGUCCAACGGCAUUGUGGAGGAGGCCACAGAGCAGGAGCUCAUGGAUGCUGCUGCAGAGGCAGAUCUCACUGGCAUGUUCAACUGCCCACACACAGGAGUGGCUCUGGCUGCGCUGAAGAAGCUGCGGAGCCGGGGAGUGAUUGGCCCCAAUGAUCGCACUGUCGUGGUCAGCACAGCACACGGCCUGAAGUUCGCACAAUCCAAGGUGGCUUAUCAUUCAAACGAGAUCCCCGGUAUGGUGUCGACAUUCGCCAACCCCCCUGUGAGCGUGAAGGACAACUUGGGCAGCGUUAUGGAUGUGUUGAGAGAGCGCAUUGCCAAAUAACUUGAUUAUUAGCUUAGUAACAAGGGACCCGAUCUUGUAGCCAUAUUAAACAUCAGUUUUGUAAGCAAGUACAAAGUUUUGUUUUCUUGGAUAUAUUUGGAGAGUUCCAAAAGUACAUAUCUGUAUUAUUAACCUA